AUGGGAGCGAAAUCGAGGUAAGAGUGUAAAAGUUGCAAAAUAUAUUGUGUUUAGGUUUAUGAUAGUUCAGCUGAAAAGCGUGAUCAGUGGUACCACAAAGGUUUGGGUUCGAGAACGAGCAGGAGACAGCGUUAAGAAGAUUCUAUUCGAUCCAGCUUGUAAGUUUAUCAUUUUUAUUGUUGUUUAUGUUUUUAGAGAAGAAAGUUAUAAUGUGAAUUAUGUUUUCAGUAGGCAAAGAAGUUUUGUUUACGGAGUUUGACAAAGUGAAAGGAAAAGCUGAUCUCAAGCCCUACGUUAGGAAGAUGUACGGCCUUAGUUGA